AGCUGUUCCUCUCUGUCAAACAUAUGAUGUCUGAAAUGGAUAAAAUUUCGUACACAGCACCACUCUGCAACUUACCAUAAAUUGUUGCCAAACCUUACUACUUCAAAUUCCAACCUCUUUCAUUCAACUCAUUCGCAUUCUCAAACUUCGUUACUUUCUGCUUCGUAUACUUUCUGCUGUUUCUGCUAUCUGAUCAAGUUAUCACUCCUCUUUAACCUCUGUGUGUCAACAUGACUGUGACGGCGGCGCCAACGGUGAAGGACGGGUGUCUUACGGUGAGGGGAAAGACCGUUUUGUCCCAUGUCCCCGGAAACGUUGUUGUUUCUCCGGUUGGAACAGAGUCCGCGUUCUUGGGUGCAACUUUAACCGUUUCAAGUUCUCGUCAUGUUUUUGAUCUUGGAAUUCUUCAGGGACAUAAGUUGCUAUCUUUGUUCAGAGUAAAAAUCUGGUGGAUGAUACCGCGUCUAGGGAGAUCUGCCAGUGAUGUUCCAAUGGAAACUCAAUUGCUGCUCCUGCUAGCAAAUGAAGAAUCUGCACUUGAGGAUGAGCCUUCUUCUGACUGUGAAGAGCCAGCUACGGAUAAAAAUUGCUACAUUCUCUUCUUGCCUGUUUUGGAUGGACAGUUUCGCGCAACUUUACAAGGAACUCAAUCGAAUCAGCUCCAGUUUUGCAUUGAAAGUGGAGAUGCCAAUGUUCAAACUUGCCAAUCACUAGAAUCAGUAUUUGUAAAUUCAGGGGACAAUCCAUUUGAGUUAAUCAGGGAUUCAAUCAAGAUAUUGGAGAAACACAAAGGGACUUUCUGUCAUCUCGAAAACAAGAGUAUCCCUGCACAUCUUGACUGGUUUGGAUGGUGCACUUGGGAUGCUUUUUACACUGAAGUGAAUCCACAAGGAAUAAAAGAGGGCCUUCAGAGUUUCUCAGAUGGAGGUUGUUCGCCAAAGUUUAUCAUCAUUGAUGAUGGAUGGCAAGAGAUCCUCAAUACGUUUCACAAAGAAGGUGAAGCAGUGAUCGAGGGAACCCAGUUCGCAACUAGACUAGCAGACAUCAAAGAAAACAAAAAGUUCAUCUAUUCAGACUCUGACAAUUCUUGCAGCAAUCUCCACGAUUUUGUUGACUAUAUCAAACAUAAUAUGAAUGUAAAAUACGUUUACAUGUGGCAUGCUUUAGCUGGUUAUUGGGGAGGUGUACUCCCAUCAUCAAAUACAAUGAAGAAAUAUAAUCCAAAGCUUGCAUAUCCAAUUCAGUCACCGGGUGCCACAGGGAACCUUAGAGAUAUAGCCAUGGACAGCCUGGAAAAAUAUGGAGUGGGAAUCAUUGACCCAGAAAAUCUGUAUGACUUUUACAAUGACUACCACAGUUACCUUGUCAGCUGUGGUGUGGAUGGAGUCAAAGUAGACGUCCAAAAUUUGAUAGAAACGUUGGGUUCUGGGUACGGUGGUCGUGUUUCAUUGACCAAACGGUAUCAAGAAGCAUUAGAGGAAUCUGUAACAAGGAACUUUAAGGAUAACAACCUUAUUUGCUGCAUGUGUCACAACUCGGAUUCAAUAUACAGUUCAAAGAAGAGCGCAGUAGCAAGAGCAUCUGAGGAUUUCAUGCCAAGAGAACCAACAUAUCAAACCUUACACGUUGCCUCUGUCGCGUUUAACAGCCUUCUUCUUGGUGAGAUAUUUGUGCCAGACUGGGACAUGUUCCAUAGCAAGCACGAGACAGCGGAGUUCCAUGCUGCAGCAAGAGCAAUUGGUGGCUGUGCAGUAUAUGUAAGUGACAAACCUGGCAAUCAUGAUUUUAAAAUCCUCAAAAAGCUAGUGCUACCUAAUGGAUCCGUCUUGAGAGCAAGGUUUGCUGGCCGUCCUACUCGAGAUUGUUUAUUUGAAGACCCAGUGAUGGAUGGUAAGAGUUUGCUGAAAAUUUGGAACUUGAAUGCACUGACCGGGGUGGUAGGCGUUUUCAAUUGCCAAGGAGCAGGAAGCUGGCCACUGAAAUCGCUGGAAGCAGCACCUUUUCACAUAACCAUUUCAGGGAAACUGAGACCCCUUGACGUUGAAUUUCUUGAAGAAGUUGCUGGAGAAAAUUGGAGUGGAAAUUGCAUAGUAUAUGCCUUCAAUGCAGGCUUGCUUUCCAUGGUUUCUCUGAGAGGAAAACUUGAAGUGUCCCUGGAUACACUUCAAUGUGAAAUAUAUACAGUAUCUCCAAUAAGGGUGUUUGGUCAUAAUGUGCACUUUGCACCAAUAGGAUUGCUUGACAUGUACAAUUCGGGAGGAGCAGUAGAGGCCUUGCACUGCAACAUGGAUGUUGCACAGUGCAUAAUAAAAGUCAAAGGCAGAGGUGGUGGCCGUUUUGGAGCCUACUCCAACGUUAGACCAAAGCUUUGUGUAGUGGACAUGAAGGAGGAGGAGUUUUCCUACAACCCUGAAGAUGGAUUAUUGACGUUUAAGCUUGAUGGUGAAGGCAAUUCAAGGGAUAUAGAAUUUGUAUACUGAGGUGGCUAUAUAAACUCACAAAGUAAAUGUAUUCCGAUUCCUCUUCAGAGACAUCUUUCACUCACCUAAAACUGGAAGUAACCAUAUACGGAAUUUUGUUUUAAGAAAAAAAGGAGUUGCUUAAU